UUUCCUCCACUCGCGGACGGAGAGCGAGGCGAGGAGCAGCCAACCGGAGCAGCUGGCUGCCAUGGAGGCCGGAGAUGGAAGAGGAGGAGCGGAGGAGGAGCAGGUGAUGAGCGAGGUGCACCUGGGAUGCCCGCCCCGCCUCUCCGGGCUCUACGUCUCCCGCUUCAGCUUCUCCUCCCGCCCGCCAGGUGGCUUCCCUGCAGACGCUGUUGCUGUGGAUGAGGACGGGGAUCUGGUUCUCGACAGGAGGAGGAAGAACAGAGAUAGGAGCGAUCAUGUGAUUACUGUUCAGCAUGGUAUCACCUCCUCGCUUAGGAGCGUCGGUCUUCAGGUUUGGAAGGCAGCAUUGCUAUUAACCGAUUUCGUGUUACAUAAAAGCUUUACAUCAUCGGAGUUUAAUGGUGUUACUGCCAUAGAAAUUGGUGCCGGCACAGGAUUGGUAGGGUUGGCACUAGCUCGAGUUGCUCGGAAGAUCUUCAUUACAGAUAGGGGCACUGAUAUCCUCGAUAACUGCUUAGAAAAUGUCCGACUUAACUCAAGCAUGUUAAAGUUUGAUGAAGCUAAGGCCUAUGUGCGGGAACUAGAUUGGAAAGUGUCAUGGCCUCCACCUGUGUUUACAGGCAACACAUCUAAUACAAGUUCAAGAUAUUUAUGGUCUACAAAUGAAAUCGAAGCAGCCGAGGAAGCUACAGCAUUAUUUGCUGCAGAUGUUAUUUACAGUGAUGAUCUCACUGAUCUAUUCUUCAGCACAGCAAAGGAACUGAUGUCACGUGGUGCUAAGAAGGUGUUGUACUUGACCUUGGAGAAAAGAUACAACUUCAGUCUGGACGAACUAGAUGUUGUAGCCAAUGGUUAUGAGCACUUCCGAAGUUUUUUCACGGUUCAGGAUGAGAGCGGAUUUCUGGAGGAUAAUACAUGUAGACCAGGUUUUGUUGGAAAGCAGAUGAACCUUGCAGAUGUUCCACAGUACAUCAGAGAAUAUGACAGGGGCAAGGAUUUGGAAAUGUGGAAGAUUAGGUACAACCCAAACCCAGAAUAACAGUGCCUUCUACAGAAAAUCAUCAACUUUUUUGUACAAUGCAUUGAUGCAUGCUUGUAUGACUGUAGACUGUAGUCCAUAUGGCACCUGUAGGAUAGACAUCAUAAACAAAAGUUUCUCCCUUUUAUCAUCAAGCAUGUAGACUGAUCACAAAAUCCAGGAUAACAAGAAUCCACACGAUAUUUUAUUUCGAGCUCUUAUGUAAAAGAACAAAAAUUCAAGUUCAAUUUCACAUUCCUCCAAACAUACUACAGCCCAGAGCCAAGUCAGCAACCAAAUUUAGUCAGAACAAUCUACUGAUCUGUUUGGCUAGAUCUCACAAACUGUCUCAUGCAGCUUGCACUCAUGUCAUCAUCAGCUCCUAACCAAAAUUAACCGUAUAUGAUCAGUAGGAGGAUGAUCACCAGGAUGGCGACUAAGCACGCGCAGGCUCCAC